CGACAUUGAAUAAAGAAGAAGAAACGCACCACGUGACCAGAUAUGGUCCAUGAUGCUGGAGCGUCGUUAGAAUCUGAUGUUUUGUCAUCGAAUCACUAUAAGACACACACACACACGCACACACACACGCACACACACACACUCUCUCUCUCUCUCAGAAAGAUGCGGCGCCUGGGCUCCGUGCAGCAGAAGAUACCGUGUGUGUUUGUGACGGAGGUGAAGGAAGAACAGUCCAGAAAACGUGAGGAUCAGCAGUUUCAGGUUGUUGCUACCGAACAUGUGAACCCUGUCGCUCUGGAGGCUGAUGUUGAUUGUGCACUUGCCACAGAAAAACUGGAUGGUACCUGCUGUUACGUUACACUUUACAAAGGCCAGCCUCACCUCUGGGCUCGACUGGACAGGAAACCCAACAAACAAGCAGAGAAGAGAUUCAAGAAGCACCAGCGCUCUCACAGGAGCUCCAAAGGUUUCACAUGGAACGUAGAGGAAGAUUUUAAGACGGUGCCAGAGACGUGGAUCCCAGCUCACCGGGUCAAACAUCACAACGGCCUUCCAUUGCCUGAUGACCUCGGACACAUUCCAGGCUGGGUUCCAGUGGUGAAGGACAACAAGCAGUACUGUUGGCACUCGUCUGUGCUGGAUUAUGAAGUCGGGGUGGCUCUUGUUCUCGGGCUCAAGGCUGACGAUGAAGACAUGUUAGAAAUUGCAGCGGUUCCGCUGGCUGACCUCAUGGAACAAACCCUGGAACUCAUUGGAACCAACGUGAAUGGGAACCCUUACGGACUGGGGAGUAAGAAGCAGCCCGUCCACUUCCUGGUGUCCCACGGGAGUAUUAAAAUCAGAACGCCUCCACCGGUCGACUUCCAGCAGCUGUGCUCCUGGUUCCAGGAGUGUCCAGAGAGCCGAGUCGAGGGCAUCGUCUGGCACUGCAGCGACGGCACGCUCGUUAAGGUUCAUCGUCAUCACCUGGGACUGAGGUGGCCCGACGGGGAGACCUGCUUUGGGAACAGGUCGGUGGUGAUUCACGUGGAAGGGACGGUGGAGGAGUACAACAACAGCAAGGACUUGUUCGCCUCUUUCUCUGCCCUGAACGGACGCAGCUUCAGCCGACUUCAGGACGUCCACUUUGACCCAUAAACCCCCACACUGAGACGAUGAAAUAUUCCCUCUCCUAAAGCUGCUGCUGCUAUGAUCCUGUUAGGAUUUACUACCUUGCUGAUCGCUGCCUGAUAGUUUUUACUGUCGGUGGCGAUGAGUAAUUUAACAUUCAACAAUUUCGGGUUAUUUUCAUGUGAGACCAGUGAAGUAGUAGCUGAAAAAUGUUUUUUGUGUGUGUCAGGGCCCGGUCACACAUCUGCAAAUAUUUCAGAGGCGAACCUUCACCUUCUGUUCAAUCCGUGCGAGCGAGGAGGUGAAUAAAAGAUUUGCUUCCUGUAUCGAGGCAACAGCUACAUUGCUUCGAGUAGUGUUCAAUAUGGGUGAACUUUGACCCCGAUAUUCUCUUCACAUUUGCACAUGUGUGACCGGGGCCUCAAUCACAAUUAGCUGAAAGUCUUAAUCUGCGGUUUUCAGUGAGGCUCAAACCUUCAGCGCCAAAGAGGAACAGUUGCUCUUUAUGGAUCACUAUGUUUGAGCAUUUCUGCACAGCGCUGCAAAUAUGAAACGCACCUUUUCUUCAAUCAUCAACAUUCAAAAAGCUUGGAACGUUUUUCACAUGUCUAAGCAUUUUAGUGUUUACUGUGAUAAUGUGAAUAUGCUUCCAGUGUAAAAAAAAAAAAAAGACUGACCAACUGGAUGUUUUUAGCAUGAAGCUUAUAAAUGUUCCAUCUAUAUACAGUAAA